AUGGAUCCUGGAGUGGUUCUGCUGGACUUCGCCAAGGCCCAAGGGGAGCUGGGCUGGCUCACCCACCCCUACGGCAAAGGGUGGGACCUGCUGCAGAACGUGCUGAACGACUCCUUGAUCUACAUCUACUCGGUGUGCAACGUCCUGGAGGGCGAGCAGGAGAACUGGCUCCGCACCAACUGGAUCUACCGCGGGGUGGCCCAGCGCAUCUUCAUCGAGCUCCAGUUCACCGUGCGCGACUGCAACAGCUUCCCCACGGCGGGGGGGGGCUCCUGCAAGGAGACCUUCAACCUCUACUACGCCGAAUCCGACGUGGAUUAUGGCACCAACUUCCAGAAGAGACAGUUCAAGAAGAUCGACACCAUCGCUCCGGAUGAAAUCACCGUCCAGGAGGAUUUUGCCUCCCGGAACGUGAAGCUGAACGUGGAGGUGAGGUCGGUGGGACCUCUGCGCAGGAAAGGGUUCUACUUGGCCUUCCAGGAUCUGGGAGCUUGCGUGGCCCUGCUCUCCGUGCGGAUCUACUACAAGAGGUGUCCGGAGGUGGUGAGGGGCAUGGCCAGGUUCCCGGCCACCGUGGCCGGCGUGGACUCGCAGCCCUUGGUGCAGGUGCAGGGCAGCUGCGUGGAGGAGGCCGUGGUGGCCCAGCAGGACCCCGCGCUGCACUGCAGCCCCGAGGGGGAGUGGCUGGUGCCCAUCGGGGAGUGUCAGUGCCGGGAGGGGCACCAGAGAGUGGGGGACACCUGCCAAGGUAGGCAUGGGGAGGGGGCUGGGGGGGAACAGUGCUGGCCGGAGGGGGGGGAGUGCCGGCCCUGCGACGGGGGGGUCCGCUACUCCCUGCCCCCCCAGGGCCUGACGGGGACGGGGGUGACUGUCACCGACCUGGAGCCGCACGUCAACUACACCUUCACGGUGGAGGCCCGGAACGGGGUGUCCCCGCUCAGCGCCCAGCGCAGCCUGGCCAGCGCCACCAUCAGCGUCAACCAGACGGAGCCACCCCGGGUGACGUCGGUGAGCCUGGACGGACGCACAGCCCCCAGCCUGCUCCUCUCCUGGACGGUGCCGCUGCGGCAGCAGAGUCGGGUCUGGAAGUACGAGGUCACCUACAGCAAGAAGGUGGACGAGAACAGCUACUCAGUGCUGCGCUGUGAGGACACCUCUGUCACCCUCCCCAAGUUGUCCCCUGCCACCACCUACGUGGUGCGUGUCCAGGCGCUCACCCCGGAUGGCCACGGGGCCUUCAGCCCCCAGCACGAGUUCCAGACCCUGCCUGAAGACACCGAGUCCAUGGCAUCCACCGCGGUCAUCGCUGGCUCCAUCGCGGGUGUCAUCUUUGUGGUCCUCAUCUUGGUUGCUCUUCUCUACAUCCUCAGGCGGAAGAGAAGGUCACGGCCACGCCAGUGCACCGAGGACGUGUACUUCUCCAAGUCAGACCAGCUGAAGCCCCUCAAGACCUACGUUGACCCCCACACCUACGAAGACCCCAACCAAGCCAUGCUCAAGUUCACCACCGAGAUCCAUCCAUCCUCCAUCACCCGCCAGAAGGUCAUCGGUGCCAGGGAAUUUGGAGAGGUCUACAAGGGGACCCUGAAGCGUGGGAAGAAGGAGGUGCCGGUGGCCAUCAAGACCCUGAAGGUGGGGUACACGGAGAAGCAGAGGAUGGACUUUUUGGGUGAAGCCACCAUCAUGGGGCAGUUCUGCCACCACAACAUCAUCCGUCUGGAAGGGGUCGUCUCCAAGUCCAAGCCCUUCAUGAUCAUCACAGAGUACAUGGAGAACGGGGCGCUGGAUAAGUUCCUGAGGGAAAAAGAAGGGGAAUUUGGUGUCAUCCAGCUGGUGGGGAUGUUGAGGGGCAUCGCUGCCGGCAUGAAGUACUUGGCCAACAUGAAUUACGUCCAUCGGGAUCUGGCCGCCCGGAACAUCUUGGUGAACAGCAACUUGGUGUGCAAAGUGUCUGAUUUUGGGCUCUCCAGAGUCUUGGAAGAUGACCCUGAAGCCACCUACACCACCAGUUCCGCCAUCUACCAGCUGAUGCUGCAGUGCUGGCAGCAGGAGCGCGCCCGGCGCCCCCAGUUCCCCGACAUCGUCAGCAUCCUGGACAAGCUGGUCCGGGCCCCCGAGGCCCUCAAGGCCUUGGCAGACUUUGACCCCCAGGUGUCCAUCCGCCUGCCCAGCACCAGCGGGGCAGAGGGGGUUCCCUUCCGCUCGGUCCCCGAGUGGCUGGAGUCCAUCCGCAUGGCCCAGUACACGGAGACCUUCCUGGCCUCGGGAUACAGCAGCAUCGAGCAGGUCCUGCAGAUGACCAGCGAGGAUAUCCGCAGGAUCGGGGUCCGGCUCCCGGGGCACCAGAAACGCAUCAUCUACAGCCUCCUGGGGCUGCAGGAGCAGCUCAGCUCGGGGGGGGUCCCCAUUUAA